AUGGCCUAUCAAAUUGCCACCCCUGCUCCACAGCUGCCCACUUGCCUUGGGCAGCAGCAGCUGACCGUUUCCGAGGCAGGAAAUGGGCGUAGAUCCGAUGCUCCUGCAGCAGCAAGAAACUCCGCAGGCCCUGACGAGCUCGGAAACUUCCUCCCGCCGAAGCCUGAGAGACUGUUUGCUAUGAAGGUCCUUAAUAAGAAGGAGAUGAUCCAGCAGCAUCGGAUCAAGCGCGCUCUUGCUGAACAGGGUAUCCUCGCCGCAUCCAACCAUCCGUUCAGUGUCACCCUCUACCACUCCUUCCAAUCCGAAGACUACCUCCACUUCUGCAUGGAGUACUGCAUGGGCGGCGAGUUUUUCCGGAUGCUGCAGACCCAGCCCGACAAGCGGCUGCCCGAGGCCGACACCUGGUUCUAUGCCGCCAAAGUCAUCUCCGCGCUCAAGUAUAGAUGGACUCGGCAAUCAUUGCUUUGCCAACCAAGGAGCAGAUACUAG